AUGCCAAAAAGUAUCAACGACCCCAAUAUGGGCCACAUGAAAACUUCCGAUUUCAAACUUGUUUAUGAAUUUAAUGAUGAUACUUAUUUGUUAGUGGAUGCUUUGGAAAAAGAUUAUAUUGUAAAUCAUUUACUCAAUUCGAAAUGUGGAUUAAAAUGUUGUCUUGAAAUAGGAAGCGGAAGUGGAUAUGUUACAACAUUUCUUUAUAAAUUAUUAAACAAUAAUCAUCAAUUAAUGAAUGCAUCUUAUUCAUUUUUAUUACUUUGCUCCGAUAUUAAUCCAAAUGCUGCUUUGAUGACAAGAAAAACAUUGGAAAAUAAUAAGAUAACACCACAACAAGUCCCAAUUUGUUGUGAUGUUGUCCUUACCGAUUUUCAUUCAGCAUUUAAACAAAGAAUGAAGAACAAAAUAGAUUUACUUAUAUUUAAUCCACCAUAUGUUCCAUCCGAACAAUACGAAAUGGGACAUAAUGACGUCAGAGCAGCCUAUGCAGGUGGUAUUGAUGGCAGAGAAGUUAUUGAUAAAUUCAUUCCAAUGAUUAAGGACAUUUUGUCAAGAGAUGGUGUUUUUUAUUUCGUUCUUAUUGAAGAUAAUAGACCUCAAGAGGUUAUGAAAUUGCUUAGUCUUGAAGAGAAUGGAGGUUUCGCAAGUAAGAUUGUUUUAAAGAAAUGGGUUCAAGGUGAAUAUUUAUUUAUUGUAAAGUUUUUCAAGAGUUGUUGA